CAAUAAUUGAAGUCGCGCUUGAAACUUUGCUCCUUUGUUCCGACUCCAUGACCUACUCUCUUCUCCUUCGCGAAGAAUUUCAGGGGACGACAUGAUCCCUUAAAAUUCUGUUUUCUAGGGUUUUUGUGCAAAAUAUUUGGUUGGAAAAAUUCGAUCUUUAUCGUUUAGAAUUGGGAAAAUCCAUGGAGAAUUCAGGAGUUCCAGCACAGUCAGCUGAAGGGGCGGCCUCUAGUUCCUCAAAUCAGCAGGCAUCCAGCCUGCAGGAUGCAAAUGAGGGAGAGAUUGUAUCAGCCAAUCAUUCUAGACGACCGAACCUUUCCUCGUUACAAAUACCUACGAGAUCUUUAGAGAAUGCAUUGCCUAGUUCUAGUUCAACAAGAGCAGGGCCAUCUGGCUUGCCUCCGAGGCCUAAUUCAACCAAGACGAAAUCAUCCACCAAGAAUCUACUUCCUCAAAGGAGCUUCAAGACAAAGAGUUCAUCAAUCCCGGAGGGCGACAGGACAAUUCUUCUCUUUCCUGGGAUACCAUCUUCAGAAGGACAGAGAGAUAAACCUUCUAUAUCAAGGCAAUUCUCUUUUUCCAAGGUCUUCUCUUCUGUCUCAGGCCUAUCAGCAAAAAGAACCCAUUCUUUACCAACCACGCCAAUUGCAAAUUCAGGUGCUGCAUUAGUAGACUCGACACAUGAUCGGCAUGUUAUAGACAUGCCUAAUUUGGAUAAACAACAAGUUCAUACACACAUUUCCCGGUCCUUUUCAGUACCAGGGAAUGUCAAAGGUAAACGCUUGCAGAGAACAGAUUCUUUAGGCCUGAUUCGUGUGAUUUCAACUCCUCGUCCUUCCCCAGUUGAGAAUGCGAUACAAAGUGAUAUCGUUGAGGUUGUAAAUGCAGCUGAAGAUGAAGGUGAAGAUAUUCCUGAAGAAGAGGCAGUCUGCCGCAUAUGCUUUGUUGAGCUUGCGGAAGGAGGGGAAACUCUUAAAAUGGAGUGUAGCUGCAAAGGGGAGCUCGCUCUUGCACACCAAAAUUGUGCGAUAAAAUGGUUUAGCAUAAAGGGGAAUAAAACUUGUGACAUCUGCAAACAGGAGGUCCAAAAUCUACCAGUAACACUGCUUAGGAUACAAAAUCCACAGUUUGGUAAUAGAAGGGCACCAAAUGCAUUGCAGCAAAGAGAGGCUGCUAGCUACAGGGUCUGGCAGGAUGUUCCAGUCUUGGUGAUGGUCAGCAUGCUUGCCUAUUUCUGCUUCUUGGAGCAAUUAUUGGUUACAGAUAUGGCUUCACGAGCCCUUGCUAUAUCAUUGCCUUUCUCUUGUGUUUUGGGUCUCCUCUCAUCCAUGAUAGCUUCCACAAUGGUGAGCAAGAGUUAUAUUUGGGCUUAUGCUUCCUUCCAGUUUGCAAUUGUAAUCCUCUUUGCUCAUAUCUUCUACAAUGUGCUCAGAGUGGCUCCUGUGCUUUCCGUCCUGCUUUCAUCAUUCACUGGGUUUGGAAUUGCAAUAAGUACAAAUUCUCUGCUUGUAGAGUACUUGAGAUGGAGAACUAGGCGAAAUAUGCUAUUGUCUCAGCACCAAAAUAAUGGUGAACAGCACCAAGAGCCACGAAAUCAUCAUGAAGCCCAGAAUAGUGAUGUGAAUGUGCAGCAAGAAAUUGAAGGCCAGACUGGGAAUACCAAUGCUUCACAAAAUGGAUGAAUUUUGCUAGUUUUUUCUAAAAGAUUCUCUUGUUUCGCAAUCUGUCAAAGGAUAGAUAAACAAGGAUAAAGGUCGAGGUAUCUGCAACAAGCAACACAUUUUUUGAUAUCAUAUACAGUGAGCAGCGAUUAGAUACAGGUUGAAGAAGAAAUACACGGUGGACCUGUUACUAAUUAUUUGUACAAACUGGAGGAAUUGUCCAGUUCCUCGUAUUGCCGUCAGUUUGUGUGUGGCAAUGAUAAGUGUGAUAUUCUCAUGUUGUGCAUGAGAAUGAGAGUGCUUUCAAAUCCUAUGUUUUUUUUUUGUUUUCUUUAAACUGCCAUAGAAUAUAUCAUGUAUAUGUUACAGCAAGUGUUGAAAGCGUGUUUGCAGGAGUCAUUGAGGUGAAGAAUGUGUCGAAGAUGUGGAAGAAUUUUGUGAAUACUCCUGGUACAAUUAUAUCCAUGACAAGCACCAAGUCGUAGGUUUAAGUUGAAGCCGGUUGUAGAUACUCAAAAUGCUUAUAUUUCUCGAGGAGACGGGCUUCAUGACACGAAGCACAAUUGCCUAGCACUUGAAAGCUUGUAAAACAUUCGACUAUUCUUCUCUUCCCUGCUCCUAAGCUGUUUUGGUAUUGGGAUUUCAGUUAAUAUGUAUCAAAGGAUUGUCGGAAAUUGGCUAUGUUAUUACUUUGUAUAA